AUUAUGAAUAUAAUAUUCAUUUUUAUUUUAAAUUUUAAUAAAAAUGAAAUUAAGAAAAAAAAAAAAAAAAAGAAGAUUUUCUUGAAAACGAUAUAGAUUGAAAGACUAUAAUGAUGAGAAUUUAUCAAUCUAUAUGAUAUAAUAAUAGAAAUAAUUAUAAAUAAAUAUGUUGUUACCUUGAAUAAACUAGUCAAUGAAAAUAAUCACUAGAAAUAGAAUAUAGAUCACGAAAUAUAUUUUAUUAUUAUAAUAUUAAAUAAAAUAAAUAAAAAUAAAUAUUCAGAGAUUUAAUGAUCUAUCUUUCGGAUUUCUAUUGAUAUAAAUAUAUAAGAUGACGAAAGAUUUUAAAUAUUAUUUAUCUGUAUUGUUUUUUUUAUUUUAGAAUGGAGCUAUUCAUGGAAUAAUUCAUGUACUUUUAUUAAGUAUGACAGCUCAUUUAACUAAACAAUUAGGAAUGGCACCAGGUGGAGAAUUUCGAACAGCUUUUCGUGAAGCUCAAAAAGUUCCUGGUUGUAAUCUUGUUCUUGGUGAUCGUCCAGUUGGUAUAACAUUAAAACGAGCUAUUAAUUCUUUAUCAACAUGGAAAAAAAUUCGUUUAGUUUUCUCCUUAUUAACAUCAAAAGAUAAAAUAACAAAUGAAGA